UGCGCACUCCGGACGACGAGGUCUUACUCACGCCUAACGCUAUAUUUGAGAGACAGAAACUGAUGGCCAGUACUCAGUACUCACUCGACAGGAAGGAUAUCUAUAAGGAUUUGGGAGUCCUGGGCCUCGACUACGGACCACACUUUCAGCGCCUCCGACGCAUUCAGACCAACGAUUUCCGCGAUAUUUAUGGCAUCAAUGAAUGGGACGGAAAUUUUGUCACAUAUUUGGACGCAAUGUUGCAGUCGAUCGCAUUCACCAUUCCGUUCCGUAAAAUAAUGAUUCCAAUGAUGAUUCGGGCCAUACGUGUGGACCCGCGUGUGUUCUUCGAGAACGUCCAUCGAAACCGAAAUGUAGAGCAAAAACAUAUAGAGGCUAUGGAUGUCGAGCAGUCGUUUGCGGCGAACGUCGCGCCGGUGAUCGGGGGUGAAGCGGUUGAUCCCGCUCUGGUCAUGAAGAUGGACGCGAAGACACUAAACGACGUCAAACAAAUAUACGGGGAAGAGAUGACCAAAAAGAGAGAGCGCUUCUCAGUCUUCUCGGCUGAUAUGCCGUUUCAUUUCAACGCAAAGUCCAAACGACUGGUCGCUCACGGCAUCGAAGUGGAGGACGUGAUUGGCUUCCCUAUACCCAGACGUACGGACGGCACGGAUCUGGUGUUAGACACGUAUCAGUUCUUCCCCAAUGAAGAUCUCGAAGCCGUUGACCCAAUUGAUAAACGGGUGGCCAAUGAGUACAUUGAGGUGUGUAAAGCAAUGGCCGCUAAGAUUAAACAAAUUGGAUAUAAAGACAUUAAAUGCGAUUUUAAUUACCAAAACAUUAGCGAUGAUGUGAUACAAGAGUAUAGGACAACAAAUAAUGAAAAUCAUGUAUUGUUUCGUAUAUUUGAUAAAAUACUGACAGAAGUUGUCGACGAAAACAAGAAUUCGAAAAACAGUAAAGAAGUGAUGAAAGUAUUGAAAGAUAUAGAAAGCGGUGCCGAAUAUGAUCUCAAUAAAGAUCUGAUAAAUCAGAUCCAAAAGAAUGAGCACAUGAUUAGAACUAUGGUUGAUAUCGUGUGCGAAAACUUUGUGUCAAUCAAAGAGAUGAAAGUGACUGAAAUUAAUCUCUCGUCCGGUGUUUUGGCCAAAGAAGUGGAUCACAUUAUGUCACUCUUCCGUAUUAUUCCAUACGAUGUCGACUAUAAACUUGUAGUGAAAUCAAAACAACAUUGCAUUGAUAUG